AAGGCUUAAAACCCUCACCAUUUCGACCCGGGCUUAUCCGCAGGCAUAAGAGAAAUUGGAGAGAUAGCAAAGUUAACUUCCGCUCCAUGGCGUACUCGGCUCCUUCAGUACUCUCGACGAGCCACAGCGCCUUUUCAUCUAAAACCCCCACUCCGAUGGCCUUCUCCUUUUCUCCUUCAAUGCCUCUUGCUCGAACGAUUGCCAUUCCAAGAAACUUCCAUGGCCUGAGGAAGAUUUUCCAGCCUUGCUCUCCUAGGAUCGUCUCAGCUCCCAGAUUGCAUAAGAGAAUUUUCUGCAUCAAUGCUAGCUUACCGUUGGUGGGAAAUCCAGCACCAGACUUUGAGGCAGAGGCAGUAUUCGACCAGGAGUUUAUCAAGGUUAAACUAUCUGACUAUGUUGGGAAAAAGUAUGUCAUUCUCUUUUUCUAUCCUCUGGAUUUCACAUUUGUUUGUCCAACAGAGAUAACUGCCUUCAGUGAUCGAUAUUCAGAGUUUGAGAAACUAAAUACAGAAGUAUUGGGGGUUUCAAUUGACAGUGUGUUCUCCCAUCUUGCAUGGGUUCAAACUGAUAGGAAAUCAGGUGGGCUCGGUGAUUUAAAAUAUCCUCUCAUAUCCGACGUGACGAAAUCAAUCUCAAAAUCUUAUGAAGUUUUGAUUGCCGACCAGGGAAUUGCACUUCGUGGUCUUUUCAUCAUUGACAAGGAAGGAAUUAUUCAGCACUCGACCAUCAAUAACCUCGCGAUUGGCCGGAGCGUCGAUGAAACCAAGAGAACUCUUCAGGCUCUGCAGUAUGUACAGGAGAAUCCUGAUGAGGUAUGCCCGGCUGGAUGGAGGCCUGGGGACAAGUCCAUGAAACCAGAUCCAAAGCGCAGCAAGGAGUACUUUGCGGCUAUUUAGGUACUUCACUCUCUUGGAUGUGCCGGCUAAGCUGGGAGUUAAUUAUAUUAGAAUUUACUAUUAUUUAAUGAGAAAAUGGGUUGGCUGAAAUUAAAUAGCCAUGUUUUUUAUGUUUUCUUACAUUGAUUUGCCAAAAGCUGCUUUCACAUUUCAGUCUCCCUAUUUCAUGAGCUUUUGAUCGGUGACAUUGU